AUGAAAAGGGUUCGACAACAAGGUCAGUUAGAUCGCGCAGCUGAGCUUGCAAGUUGCUCAUUAAGCACCCUUCCCACCGAAACUCUUUCGGUGCAGAAAGAGAAUGAUGUACUGUACCGUCUUCUUGAAUUAUUACCUGAGAAGUAUAUGUCUACAACUCCCCAUGAGCAGCGAAUUCCUGAAGCUCUUAUUCUUCGUAUUAUUCGUGAGGCGUAUACUAUUAUUACUAGCGAGCCAAUUGUUGUGCAAGUUGAGUCUCCUGUAUGCAUUUGUGGCGAUCUACAUGGGCAAUACCACGAUCUUGUAAAUAUUUUUAGCAGACGACCACCUUUGGGGGGAAAAGUUUUGGGGCUGAUGAAUCGCGCUACAACGGUCCAACGACACAAACGGACUCGAAGCGAUGGUGAGGAUGCUUCACUUUCGCAUAACGAUGAAUUGAGAGGAAAUGAUACCCAACAUGACAAGUACCUUUUUUUGGGUGACUAUGUUGACCGUGGGAGCCGUUCUAUCGAAGUUGUGGUUACGUUGCUGGCGUUAAAGAUUAUAGAGCCAUCACAGAUAACUCUUCUGCGUGGAAAUCAUGAGGACGAGCAAAUCAUGCUUCUUUAUGGCUUUUUUGAUGAAUGUAAAAGGCGAUAUGGUGUGAGACUUUUUCGCAUAUUCACUGAUCUAUUUCGCGUGUUGCCUGUCGCCGCGGUCGUUAAUGGCACCAUUUUUUGCAUGCAUGGUGGACUUUCUUCGGAGUUAAAAGAUGUGCGGGAAAUACCCGAUGCGCGUCCAUGCAACGUCCCACAUAGUGGGAUCAUUUGUGAUUUGCUGUGGGCAGAUCCAGAGGCUGAACUUCCACCAAAUGUUGAUUGGGCGCCCAGCACCCGUAGGAUAUCCUUUGUUUUCUCAGCCAAAGCGCUGGAGAAGUUUCUUAAAGAAAAUGAUCUGGAUAUGGUUUGUCGGGCACAUCAAGUAGUGGAGGAAGGUUUUCAAUUUUUCCCUAGCAACACGAAGCGUCAUCUACUCACAAUCUUUUCGGCAACAAACUAUUGUAACGAGUUUGGAAAUCGUGGUGGGGUGUUGUGCGUGGACAAGGAGGGGGUGUGUAGCCUUUUAAUUUUGGAACCCCCGAACUUCCAUCAACAGCGGAUGAUAAUGAUGAAGCGUGAAGCCUUACCGAAUACCCAACAAAGUAUGUGGGAUGUGGAUGGCUAG